AUGUCUUCUACUACUAUCAACACCCCUACUAAUCUCCCUCAAAUGGAGUAUGCUCGUCUGGGAAACACCGGCAUGAAGGUGAGCCGUCUUUGUUUGGGCUGCAUGUCUUUUGGCAGCUCCAAGUGGAGUCCUUGGGUAAAAGAUGAGGAAGAAAGCAUUAAAUUUAUCGAAGAAAGCUACAAGCUUGGUAUUAACUUUUUUGAUACUGCGGAUACUUACUCCAAUGGCGAAAGUGAAAGAGUGCUUGGCAAGGCCUUAAAGAAGAUUGGUGCUCCCAGAUCUCGUGUUGUUGUUGCUACUAAAGUCAACUUUCCCGUCCAAGACGAUGUCUCUGUUUUUGAUUUAUUCGCUGGUAAGGCUCCUGAAUUCGUUAACCGAGUUGGCCUUUCUCGCAAGCACAUUAUGGAUGCUGUGGACGCUUCGUUGAAGAGACUUGAUUUGGAGUAUAUCGAUCUUUACAUCAUUCAUCGCUUUGAUCCAGAAACUCCCAUUGAAGAGACUAUGGAAGCACUCAACGAUGUCGUUUGUUCUGGCAAAGUGAGAUAUAUUGGUGCUUCUUCAAUGGCUACUUGGCAGUUCCAAAAGAUGAACCAUAUUGCCGAGCGCAAUGGAUGGGCUCAAUUUGUCUCUAUGCAAAACUUGUAUAAUUUGGUUUACCGUGAGGAAGAGCGUGAAAUGGUCCCAUAUGUUCAGGAUGCCAAGAUUGGAAUGACACCAUGGUCUCCUUUGAAUGCUGGUUCACUUGCUGGAAAGAAGAGAGAUAUUACUGAGCGUAGUCGAUCCGUGUUUACUGCUGAUAACUGGCAUCCCUCUAGUUUGCAAGAGAGCAACAACGUCAUUAUGGAUAGAAUAGGCGAGCUCGCAAACAAAUACCAAGCCACGUAUUCUCAAAUCGCUAUGGCAUGGCAUUUGGCCAAGCCCUAUGUUUCUUCUCCCAUCAUUGGCGUCUCAAAGAUGGAACAACUUUACGAUUUAGUAGGGUGUUUAAAGAUUAAACUAACCAAUGAAGAGGUUAAAUACCUUGAAGAGCCUUACACUCCAAGAGCGGCUAUACUCCAAGUUUAA